AUGACUGCGGAAAAUGUCGCUUGCUGUACAGGAUCAAGCAUCACACUUGAAGGCCCUCAAACCGAAAAGGAGGAAACCCUAGCGGUACUCUGGUCGCGCGUUCUUGAACUCGGAGACACAAGUAUUGGAAGACACGAUCAUUUUUUCCGGAGAGGGGGUGAUUCAAUCACAGCUAUGAAACUUGUUGCUGCAGCAGAAGAGAUAGGGAUUCUUCUGACCUUCGGUGACAUCUUUUCUCACCCAGCGCUGUCCGCUCAAGCCGAGCUAGUGUCUAGUAGAACAGGCGAGCAGUCAAACUACAAUGACAAUUGGUUCGAAUCAAUAGUCGGAGAAGUGAGAAAACGGGAAAUCGUUGAACUCUCCGCCAAAGAAUGCGCAUUAUCUGAGUCGCAGAUUGAGGAUAUAUACCCAAGCACGCCUAUGCAGCAAGGCUUAAUCACUCUGAGUAUUGUGCGGCCGGGCACAUACAUUUCACAGCGGGUCUAUCAGCUGCCGGACGACGUUAGUAUCCCGAUAUUAGAACUAGCAUGGAGGGCAACCUUUGAGGCGAAUCCCCUUUUGCGGACCCGCAUCGUACAAGGUCCUGAUGGGGAGGCUUUCCAAGUCGUUGUGCGCGAGAAGUUCAACUUCUCCAUCCAUUAUGAUUUAGAGGAGUAUCUACGCCAAGAUAAAGCUCGGCCGAUGGAGCUAGGUCAGCCCCUAGCACGGCUAGCGGUAAUUCAUAGCUCAUCAGAGAGUCCGAGCCGCUGUGUUCUUACUCUGCACCACUGCAUAUAUGAUGCGUGGUCAGUCUCCCUGCUCCUAGAACAGGUCGACCUCGCUUACCAUGGAAACUCUUUGGCUGCAUGGCCAUUCAGUCCAUUUGUGAGCUACAUCUGGCAAUCGACAUCGGAGGCUGAGAAGUACUGGAAAGCCGAGUUUUUAGGUUUCGAGGGCGAGCAGUUUCCAUCCCUACCCUACCCAACAUAUACCCCUACUGCCAACGAAUCCGAGCAUACAGAUGUUAAGAUUCUAAGCAAUGGCACUAACGUCACUCUGUCUAAUAGCAUCCGGCUGGCAUGGGCGCUGACCGUCGCGCGGUACACCGGCUCAGAUGACGUGGUAUUCGGACUGACCGUAUCUGGCCGCGGUGCUCCGGUGCCUGGGAUUGAUAAGAUGGCAGGCCCUACGAUCGCAACAUUCCCCCUCAGAGUCCAACUGAGACCGAACGUCUCCCUCCAGGAAGAGCUCCUGUUGCUCCAAGAACAAUUGAUUUCGGCACUUCCGUUUGAGCAGUAUGGUCUGCAGCACAUUGGCCAGCUGGGAGACGAUGCUGCGAGAGCCUGCAGGUUCCAAACCCUUCUUGUGAUCCAGCAAGUACCACUACAUCAAAAGUCUAGUAUCCUUGGGGACUUUGCAGAUGUCAAUGCCCGACCGGUCUGGGACACAUAUGGGUUGACACUACUGUGUACCCCAUCCAGCAACGGUUACGUUCAUGUAGAAGCGGUCUAUGAUGCGAAGGUAAUUCCAAAGGCUCAGCUACGGAGAACUCUGAACCUUUUCGCACAAAUCCUCACGCAAGUGACCCAGUCAGCGAAUCGCUUGGUUGGUGAUGUCAACAGCAUCAGUCCGGAGGACCUACAGCAACUCCAGACAUGGAAUAGUCAUGUACCACAACUAAGUUCCAUGUUCAUCCACGAGUUGAUCCGUGAUAAUUGCGUUUCGCAGGCGAAAGCAACCGCAAUCGAUGCUUGGGAUGGGGAAUUCACGUAUGGAGAGCUCGAGAACCUGUCCUCCCGCCUGGCACUCUCCUUGACCGAGCAUGGAAUACGACCGGACGUGUUUGUCCCGCUUUGUUUUGAAAAGUCCAAAUGGGUGGCCGUCGCCAUGUUAGCGGUUGCAAAGGCUGGUGGUGCAUUCAUUCUUCUGGAUCCUUCCUAUCCGGUGCAACGGCUUCAAGGUAUCUGUGGAGAUUGUCAAGCAACGGUGUUGUUAUGCUCCCUUGCCCAGGUUGAUCUGGCAGGCCAACUGGGAUGCUCCCACAUUCUCCCUAUUGGAGGGCAAAACAUUAAGCAUGUGGCAGAUUCUUCGAUAUGUAGAGAUCACCAUUCCACAGUGGUACAGCCGAGUCAUGCAUUAUAUGCCGUGUAUACGUCUGGCUCGACCGGGAAGCCGAAAGGAAUUAUCAUAGAGCAUGGAGCUUUAGCUACCAAUGCAACGAUCACUGGCCCUAACUUGCUGCUCAAUAAGCAUUCUCGCGUGUUUCAAUUUUCAUCUCAUGCAUUCGAUGCAACCAUAGCGGAUUACCUCUUCACUUUGGCUUGUUGGGGGUGUGUGUGCGUUCCUGAUGAGGCAGCGAGUCGGGGUGAUGUCGCCCAUGCAAUGAAUGAGUUCAAAGUAAACUGGGUAUUCCUCACCCCCUCUGUGGCUCGCACAUUAGGUCCUAGAGCUGUCCCAACUCUGGAAGUAUUGGCCAUGGGUGGUGAACCUGCAAAGCCACUUGACUUUGCCAUUUGGGCAGGACAUGUUCAGGUAUUACAUAUGUAUGGUCCUUCUGAAUGUACUAUCUACAGUACAAUGCAGCCUACAGUUCACAAGUCUUCUAGCCCUACGAAUAUUGGUCAUGGUUUGGCUGUUGCAUGCUGGCUAGUCAACCCAAAGCACCCAGACCAGCUGGUGCCCAUUGGAUCCAUUGGGGAGUUGUUGAUUGAAGGUCCGCCUGUCGGUCGCGGUUAUAUUGGCAAUGAAACCCAGACACGAUCAUCAUUCAUUGCUUGCCCAAAGUGGCUUUCGCCCCUGCGACUUGGACAAUAUGCUAGGCUGUACAGGACAGGAGAUCUAGCACGAUAUAGUCCAACUAAUGACGGCUCGCUAGAAUUCGUUGGACGGAAGGACCAUCAGGUUAAAAUUCGAGGCCAACGAAUUGAGCUUGCUGAGAUCGAAUAUCAAGUGACGCAAACCCUUCCAGAAGCAACCGACAUCAUGGUUGAAAUUAUUACUCCAUCGGACAUGGAUACUCACACGCUGCUAGUGGCUUUUAUCUGGGAUGCAGCUCGACAGCCAAUGGCAAAGCCUGGGAUAGAAGCGGAGCUGAGCCCUUUAUCUGUGCCUGACGAGCAAUUCAAGGCCAAGACUACACAUGCUGAGAUGGCUCUCCGGAAGGUUCUUCCUCGUCAUAUGGUUCCUACCCUUUUUAUUCCACUGCGUUACUUGCCAUUAAGCCCCAACGGCAAGGCCAAUCGCCGCUUUAUCAGGGAGAAGGCUUGCUUGCUUUCGCGACGGGAACUUAACAUAUAUCGUAACUCAGAGAGCCAAGCGAAGCGUCCGCCAUCAAACGAAGUAGAGAAGAAGUUACAACAGCUCAUUGUCGACAUCCUCCACAUAUCUAUUGAAGAGGUGGGAAUAGAUGACCAAUUUUCCCAGCUAUCCAUGCUAGGAUUAGAUUCUAUUCAACUGAUGCGCCUCGUCGCGUUGAUCCGCAAAGUCUUCGAGGUCCAUAUCGCAGUAGGCACGCUAUACGACACCAAGCUGACGGUGACGGGGCUGGCUGCGAUGAUCUCGACGCUACAAAUGGGUGAUAAAGAAGCAGGUAAUGUCCCCACAAUCGAUAUAUCCACAGAGAUCACGGGGGCUUACGAUCAGCUCAUUCAACGAUAUGAGUCACUUCAUCGACGACGGAAGGUCUUCUUGACCGGUAGCACCGGCUUCCUGGGCUCCCAGAUACUGCGCCAGCUGCUACGUGAUCCUUGCGUGGAGAAAGUAAUCUUGCAUGUCCGAGCAGCAAGCGCAGCCAAGGGGCUCGAAAGGAUUGCUUCAAUAGCCACGAUGGCCCAGUGGUGGUCACCGUCGUACCUCGAUCGGAUCACAUGCUGGACGGGAGAUCUCUCAGCUCCCCGACUUGGGCUCCAGCCGGAGCAAUGGCGGAUCCUUUGCGGCAUGGAUGCACAGGAGCAGGUCCAUUCAAUAAUUCACAACGGGGCGACGGUUCAAUGGCAGGCUCCAUAUCACAUCCACAAGCCCGCUAAUGUCGACUCAACCAUCGAAUUAUUGGCGGCGCUGCGCCUCUGGAACCAGGCGGGUACGUUCACCUUUGUUACCGGUGGGCGACAACGAUCCGUAGACCAGGAUCUCGGUGGUUUUAUGCAAACCCUCCAGACAGCCAAUGGUUAUAGCCAAAGCAAAUUUCUUGCCGAACAGCUCGUGUCAAUGUUUGCAAGUCGCCAGUCCACGCAUCAUAUUUCCGUUGUCCGGCCAGGCCGGAUCGUUGGUACAGAGACAGAGGGUAUCCCAAAUGCGGAUGAUUUCCUAUGGAAGCUGGUGCAAAUAUGUCUCCAGAUGGGGAAGUACCCCGGCAACGAUGGCCAUCUGUGGAUAACCGUCGCCGACGUGGAAGAAGUGGCGACUGGCAUUCUCAGGAUCACAUUUGGUGUCGCGAACGAGGAUGUGGCGCCCUCUAUCUUGAAUAUUGAGACUGGAAUUACGGUCUCCCAUUUCUGGGAUAUUGUCCAAGAUACCCUGCAAACCAAACUAGUACCCAUGAAGACCGAAGACUGGAAACAGGCUGCAGAGCUCUUUUUGGAAGCGGCAGAAGAGAGCCAUGCUUUCCGUCCUUUACUGGCUAUGCUGCAGGAAUCACAGCUUAGCUUUGGAGGAAAGAAGCCUGAUAAUGCAGGGAACAUCAGUCCGGGAAUAAUCAAAGCGAAUAUAGAAACUCUCGUGGAUGUUGGAUUUCUGUCCACAGUACAAUGUCCUGGUUCGAAGAAAGUUGGACGAUCGACGGUGUUUAGCAGGUCGUGA